GGACCAAACGCUGCAGCGUCACCGUCAGUCUCAAAAAAACUGCGUUUUUUUCCCGGCUGUGAGUCUGUGACGGCUCCCGCUGUAACACGGCGGGCUGCAACAAGCCAGCAGCGUUACGCGUGAGCGGCAGCGGGGAAUACACGAGGAUCGGCCAAAACAAGUGAUUCAAGUGAAAAUACAUCUGCGAAGGAAAGCGAGGUGGAUCGUUUGAGUCUUGUUUUUAUUAGGUUUUUAGCUUUCAGGACCGCGUUGUUUACCCAUCAUCUUAACACGUCCACAGCCCGGUCUCAAGAUAUGUGACGACCGUGUAGCCUACCAUCAUGUGAAGAGCUGGAUAACUGUCACUGGCCGACCUGCUGCAACACACAUCUACCAUCGUUCAGAGGGAGAUGAGAGAAGGGUGAUCUGUGCUGCUCUGCGGACCCACGCCACCCGCAGACAUGUUUUAGGGACAGCGCCAGAGCCACCAUGAAAGGGUUAGGAGCCAACCGCAGCCGUCACCUGUCGGACUCCUGCGAGCCCAUGGGAGGGUCCCAGAAGCCCCUCUGCCCCAUGACCUCCGACCCCCACGGCUCCUUCAUGCUGACGUCUACCAUGAGCCACUACGGCACGCUGGACCCCCACUUCCACCAGUUCCCCGCCACCAGCCCCGCUCAGCUGCCCCCCGACUGCCUGCUGCCCUUCAACCAGAUGUCCAGCAGCAGCACCUUCCCCCGGCUGCACUUCACCUCCCAGCAGGCCGACCAGGCCGUCUGCCCCCAGGGCUGCAUCACUGGCGCCGGGGGCCACGGGGCCAGGCAGGGCAGCAGGGGCAGCACCCUCUCCGGCUCCCUCUCCAUGGGCAUGGGCCUGGGCCUGGACCUCAGCGGGGGCCCGAUGAUAACCAGCGGCUCGGCCACCAUCUCCUCGGCCACGGCGGCCAAGAUGAACCGCCUGCCCUCCAACCUGCUGGACCAGCUGGAGCGCCACCUGCCCCUGCAGCGCGACGGCUUCAGCACGCUGCAGUUCCACCGGGGACGCAUGUCCAAGCAGCGCAGCGAGAGCCCCGGGCGCAUCCGCCACCUCAUGCACUCGGUCCAGAAGCUCUUCGCCAAGUCCCAGUCGCUGGAGGGCUCCGUGAUGAAGGGCAGCCUGAACGGCCGCACGGCGGGAGGGCCGGGCGGAGCCGGGGACGCCGGGGACGCCGGUUGCCGGGUGACCCGCCGGAGCAAGAGUAAAGACCGGGGCAAGACGGAGGGGUCCAAGCAGAGGCCGAGGCCCAACACGAUAGCGCUGUGGAGCUCGGACGACGGCCUGGACAGCGACGCCGGGGGCCUCAAUGCGGUGGGGUACCGCAACCCUCUGAGCAUGAUGACACUGGGGCGGGCGGUGUCAGACAGCCAGGCCGCGCUCCGACACCCCGUCCCGCAGGGCUACAACACCAUCGCGGCAUCCCACACCCUGAGGACGUCCAAGAGCAGCGGGGACCUCAAGUUCCUGGCCUGCCAAGGGACCAUGCAGUUAGAGGGCCAGGCGGAGGAGGGCCGGGGGAGGGCCGGUAAGGGGGACACGCUGGUGAAGAGGGGGUCUUGGUCCACGCUGACCCUCACCCAGGCCAGGCAGGUCCUACAGAAGGGCUCGGCUUCGGUCAACAAGGCUCUACUGAAAUCGACUAAGUCGUGUCACCAGGACCUGGCACAGCAAUACCUUCAGGUUCCACUGGGAGACUGGUCCGGCUCUCUGUGCCCAGGCAAGGCUGGGGGGUCAGAGAUCCCCUGCAGGAGGAUGCGCAGCGGCAGCUACGUCAAGGCCAUGGGCGACGUGGAGGACAGCGAGGAGGACUCGGAGGGGAGUCCCAAACCCUCGCCCAAGUCGGCAGCCCGCCGCCAGAGCUACCUGAAGGCCACCCACCUGUCUCUGAGCGAACAGCCCGCUCCUCUUCUUCCUCACAAGCCUCGUUGCUACAACCUCAUGCGGGAGGACUUUCUCUGGUGUCCCCUACAAAGUGCAUGCUCUAUGCAGCAGCUGAGCUCGCUUCCAUAUCUAAAAGAGCAGUCUACGAACCGGAGCCUGGACAACCUGGACUGCCUGUUGGGUCCAGUGGAAGCUCCGCCCUGCAUCUGGAACAGUGACUUCAAACACAGCUUUGGGACCCUCGGCAGAGGCAUUGGUGCUCAGGUGUGCGGGCAGGUCUGCGGUCGCAUUGUUCCUCCAUACUAUGAAGGUGAAUCCCAGGCGGUGGACGCCUUGGAUCUUCCGGCCGCCACGUGCUUCCGCUCGCGUAGUCAUAGUUACCUGCGGGCCAUCCAGGCCGGCUGCUCCCAGGACGACGACACGGCCUCCAUGGACUCGGACUCACCCCCGCCCACCUCGACGGGGUGUGCCUAUAGUUCCCACCCCAGUGAUAGGAAGGCUCCCCCGGUCCCCCCCCGGACCACCUGCAAGCCACUGAUCUCCAUCACGCUGCAGAGCAGCACCGAGUCGGCCCAGGACACCUACCUGGAGCAGCAGGAGCACGCCAGCGACGCCAACAGCCAGUCCGGACGCAGCAACUCCUCCGACAGCCUCUGUAGCAUCCGCACCGGCACUCUGGCUAAGGGCACCCUGCCCCCGGCCCCGGCCUCCGUCUGUACCCACACGCCCGUCCCCGCCUUCGUGGCCCCUCUCCCCGCCUCCGUCCCGGGCCUCGCUCUGUCCGCCUCGGUCACCCACCUCAUCCCCACCACCACCGCCCCUCCAGCCCCGGUGACCCCGAUCCCUGCCCCUCGAGACAUCCCUGUCACUACCGCGACCACCAACACCACCGCCCUCUCCGCUGUCUCCCCCCUCAGCACUACUGUCACCACCACCUCUGCCUCUACUCAGUCCCAGAAUGACACCGUGAGCUGCAGGCUCAUCUCAGAGAAGUUUGUCAUCAGCGAGCCCAAGAGGAAACUGUCUUCCAUCGGAAUACAGGUGGACUGUGUGGUGCCCGUCCCAAGAGAGAAAGCUCUAGCCCUGACCUCGCCGCUCAGAUUCCAGUCCAUCGGAGUCCAAGUGGAGAACGGCCGGCCUCUCAGCCGGGACAGCAGCAUGGCCUCCAGGCAGAAUACAGAGUCAGAGCCCCAGGACUCCCUGGACGCCCCGUCAGCAGUCAACUGCACCAACAGUCAGACAGCCACCAACACCAAUGCCAACGGCCCCAGCGCCGACGACAGCGCCCCGAGGUCACUGAAACACACGCCCUCUGCAAUGGUCAGGAUACCCACGGAGCCCCUGGUGGACCCGGCGCUGGACCCCUCAUCCCUCCCGCCCCCGCACCCCAGCCUGGGCACGGAGAACGGCAGCGCGCAGCCCGGGGACGAGAGAACAGGCGACGCCCUGUCUGCCGCACCCGCCUGCCUCCGCGACGGGAACUGGUUCCUGAAGCUGCUGCAGGCGGAGACGGGCCGCAUGGAGGGCUGGUGUCAGCAGAUGGAGCUGGAGACCAAAGACAACCCGCUCUCAGAAGAGGUGCUUGGGACGGUGCGCAGUGCGGUGGGAAGCGCCCAGCUCCUCAUCGCCAGCAAGUUCAAGCAGUUCAGAGGGCUCUGUGUGGAGAACCUGGACGUGAACUCCAACCCGAGGCCCACAGCACAAGACCUGGCCGGGUUCUGGGAUCUGCUGCAGCUGACCGUGGAGGACAUAAGCCUGAAGUUUGACGAGCUCUACCAACUCAAAGCCAACAACUGGGAGUUUCCUGAAAAACCAGCGAUCAAGGAGGAGAAGAAGCCCCUCACAGCCUCCGUGCCAAAGAAACCCCUGAAGCCUAAGCUGGCGGCGGGGAAAGACCGCAGCGUGGACUCGGCCGUGGACAAGCAGCGGCAGGAGGCCAGGAAGCGGCUGUUGGCGGCCAAGCGCGCCGCAUCCACCCGACAGAACUCUGCCACGGAGAGCGCCGACAGCAUAGAGAUCUACGUCCCCGAAGCCCAGACCCGCCUCUGAGGGGUGG